AUGGAACUCACCAGCAGAGACCCCAGGCCUAAUCAGCGCUUCCACCAGCAUGUGAACAACGAUGUGAACCUCCGCAUUGAGAACUUGACCAUCCUGGUCAGACACAUUAAGACCUUCUACCAGGAAGUUCUCAAGCAACUGAUUGUAAUGAGCUUGCCAGAUGUUUUGAUGAUUGGCAAAGACCCGCUGUCUGCAAAGAGCAUGGAGGAGAUGAAGAAGAUGCUGGUGCUGGUGCUGGGCUGUGCUGUCCAGUGCGACAGGAAAGGGGAGUUUUUUGACAAAAUACAAAAGCUGGACAUUGAGACCCAGGCCGGGAUCAUGGCCCAUAUCCGGGAGGUGACCCACCACCAGGAGAGCCUGUUUGACCUGCAGAGGCUGGAGGUCCCAGACAUGGCCCUGGAGGAGCUGCAGUCCCUCUCGAGGAACAUGGCGUUUCAGCUCAGGAGGCUGGUGGAUGAGCGAGACAGUUGCAGGGAGCUGAUCGUGACCCUGACCCUGGCGCGGGACACCAGCAGCCGCCCCAGCGAGGACACGCAGCACCUGGCGGUGGAGCUGGCAGACACCAAGGCCAGGCUGCGCAGCAUCAGGCAGAAGCUCUACAAGGACAAGCUCCAACAUGAGGCGGCGCUGGAGCAGCUGGGGAGGCUCUUGAACACGGAGCAGGAGGCUCUGCAGCAGGAGCAGAGGACGAGCGCCAUGGCCGCCGAGGAGAAUCAGAGGCUGCAGCGAGAGCUGGACAGCGGCUCUCCAGUCUCAAGGGGAAGUUGGAGAGAGAAAACCGUCACCUGCAGAGCCAAGUCCACAGGUUGAGUGAGCAGAACCAGAGGCUUCUCCAGGAGGACGUGGAGGACAAGGACCAGCACCACGAGGAGCAGCAGCAAGACAAAGUAAAUGACUUACAGAGACAAAAUGAAAGACUUGGAGAAAAAAGCAUGGCUCAGCACAAGUUCCAUGAUCCAGC